UGUACUACCAGAGGUGACAGCAUCGCUUGUUGAACAGUAAGCCCGUAGACGGAUAAGACAUAUUUCAAAACUCCAGGAUCACUUUCAAAUUUCCAGGUUUCGGGAUCGCUUCAUUACAACAAUGGCUGGCUUCCAGGCAAUAUUAAGACGCACUUUGGAUCAGGACAUGGUGGACAAUGUGAACGGAUUCUGGUCGGUUCUUCUUUUGGCCCUUUGCUCGAUAGGAGCAUUUCUAUUGCGAUAUCUUACUGAUCCUAUAAGUUGCUGGCAUCCUGUGGAGUGGACGUCUUCACACAGUUCAUACGCCGACCAGACGUGCUUUCUCACAGACCGUUUUUACGAACCAAACUCAGCUCUUGUGCCACAGAAACUGGAACCUGUCCCCUCCUACCACCUCUGGAUACCACUCAUUCUCUUCUUUCAAGCCCUCGCUUUUAAACUACCAAACAUCAUCUGGAACGGCGGCAAGCACUUACUAGGUCUCAACUUAGACGAAACUGUAUCGUCCCUGAACAAUGUACAACUGACCAAUGCUGAAAAUCGCCAGGCCAUCUUCAGUGAUGCAGCCCGAGUACUUGAAAGUCUGCUGAGAAGAAACCGACUUUUACUGGCUCUUCUGUACCUGUUUGUGAAGCUCCUCUCGUGUGUCAAUCUGAUAGCACAGUUGAUGUUCCUGACAAUAUACUUCAGACAAUACCUGGCAAUCCGCGUUGGUUCCUCUGCAGGUUUUAAUAUGGACUCCAUCAUAAAACCAUUGCUCGCUAAACAUGUUUUUUGCGAUAUCGGUGUGCGUAAGUUGGCAAAUAUCGAAAGAUUCACAGUUCAGUGCACUCUGCCAAUCACCGAAAUCUAUGAGAAGAUUUUCAUAUUCCUGUGGUACUGGGUCUUCCUCCUGACUGUCAUCACCGUCCUUAAUCUUCUCCUGUGGGCAGGAUUUCUCUUCCUGCCUUUCUUUAGAGAUGGCAGAAUAGCUGCCCACGUCAACGCUGCCAAAGGAUCUCACCCUGACGAACUCUCUAUAACUCGAUUCAUCAGCAGUUUCCUGGGAAUUGAUGGUGUUCUUGUCUUGUCCAUGAUCUCCCAGAAUUCCAACGAGUUGGUUGCAGCAAAUCUCACCCAACAUUUAUACCAGGUGUUUCAGGAGAAGGAGGAAGAAUUUCAUGCUCAGAGAGAUCCCCUCACAGGAGAACCAGAAGGUGGCGCUGUCGUACCUGGAGCUACAGGAGCCGAAAUAACUUUACCGAUGAGUGAUCUAUCUCCUGGUGCCGAAAAUCCCGAAAAACCGCCCAUUGUGUGACAGCAUAACUGGCGGGCAAUCCGGAGCAUGUGUUUUACUAAAGUGUUAGGCGGCGGGACAACCUUGAACUGAAAGCUUUCCUUUAUCAUCCAUAAAGCUAGAAUUCAAUUAAAUUUUAGGGUACAGUGUGUAAAGAUCAUUCCUGAUGUUCCUUGCCCUUAAAAUUGCUGGAAUAUUUCAAAAUCUGUAAAACCAUAAUCACUCACUUAAUUCAUUAUUUAUUUAUUUUGAGUAGUUUCACUAACUUACUAUUUAAAUGUCUUAAAGGGACAUCCACUAUGGAUUCUGUAUUGAAAUUGCUGACCUGGUACUUUAACUAAACUUUACCUGUUCUAUUGUUGUUGAAUUUCCUCAGUUUAUCACAAUGAGAUAAUACUUAACUGACAAAAAUAAAAAAUGUCUGUGGCACUGUCAAUAUCGGCAUGUCAGUAUGUGCAGCUACAUUAAACAACGGUUAUGACGAACACGUUUAUAACGAAGUAACUGAUGUAACGAUCUGGGUGUCUUAUUUAUUAUUAGUUCAUAUAGAGAAUCUCACCCAAGUGUCUAUAGUGAUACCAAUUACACGGGUUGAUAAAGUUACAAAUAGGAUAUUUUUACUUUUUUUUCAACGAGUAUUGAGAUAUUUUAUAUCAGAAGAGAUGAGGGUAAGAUUUUAUGUAUCAUAAAAAUCACUCUUCAUUAGUUUUCAAUG